UACUCUGGACAUGUAUUUUAAGCGCCCGCCAUUACAGGGGAAGUAACAAAGGGUCGGGUAGAAAUCGGGAAUUUUAUCACAAUGCCGAUUCUCUAACCCCGGAAAGACUUAGAAAAUUGACUGUUGCCAGCUAGAGAAUGGCAGGUGGGGAAGGCGGGAAUGGUGCUGGCAGUGACGGCAGCGGUGGUGGCAGCGGUGGCACUGCAGGUAACACUAGUGUGUGUCCAGUGUGUGGCUACAACCAGCCCAACCUGAGUCAACAUUUGUCUCGUCACAGCAAAGAAGACAUUAUCCGUGCAGUAACCAAUGGUCAUCCACUGCCAGAAUUAGCCAACCGGCGGCCACCUGGCAGGCCUCGUAGGCCUUCUUACCCAAUUCCAUCUGUAGCAAAUGUAGCUCCCAUCUCACCUAGAACCAGCACCAGUCAAACACCAUUGCUACUUGCUGGAAAUCCAACUCAUGAACAGACCCUGGGAGCUUCCCUAGCACCAUUACCUCAAUCAUCUACACCACUGAUACAGCCUCCCCGAAAUGGCAUACCUCUUGCAGCAACUCCUUUGCAACAUGGUGCUGCAGCAAGCAAUUACCUUAUCAUUAGUAACAACAUGUUUCCUGCUGGAAGUGUAAUUCCCAAUAAUUUACAGCUAGGCAACAAUGGAGUAAGCUAUCUAAUCCCUAGUUCUGGGGGGCUUAUGCUUGCUGCUGCACCAUCAACUAACCAAACCAUUUUCGUUCAAACUCCCACCACUGCAACACAAUCUGUACCUAUUAAACAUCAGCCUGCUGCUCCUGUAUCUAUUGCUGCACCUGGAACAGUGAUUGGAGGAUUAUAUAAUAACCAGCCUCGCAGACCUCCAAGGCCACUAUUGCCAGAGCCUCCAGUCUGUUAUAUAGAGGAACCAUGUUCUCAACAAACCCAAGAUGGGGUUCAAUUACCUUCUGUAGAGAACUCGUACAGAAUGGAAGCAAAUACAAACCAAACUAUUUUAAGUAAUGAUAGGAAUUAUUUUAAGCAAAGACAUGAACCAGCAUCAGUAAGUCAGAAAGCAAUUAUAAAUAUAGGUAAAAAUAUAAGUAUUGCAUUGCCUAAAGAUUUAGUUUGGCAGAAGAAACGAUUAAAAGAAAUUAUAAAUCAGGAAUUGGUUAGAGCAUUGUUGAUGAAUGAUAGUCAGGGAGAAAGUGAAAACACAGAAAAUCAACCCUCAACUAGUACAGGAAAAAAGAAAACAGUCUUUUUUCCUGGCAAAAAUGGAGUAGUUUGCUAUGAAGUGAAGGAAGAUGUAUAUGGUGCUUCAUCUAAUGGCCUUCGAGGAGACGUUUCUGAAGAAUGUAUUGAAGAAAAUCCUUUAAGGAUAGAUUCAGAUUUAGAUGAUAGUGAUAAUACACAUGGAUUUGAUGAUGAUCAGCAGUAUGGAGAAAGUAAACAAGAAGUUGAUCCCUUGGCAACGACCUUGGUUGUACCCAUAUCAAGCAGAUGCAGAAACAGUUCAGAAUUUAAAAAUUCCUCCAGUAUUCACAUUGAUCCAAAUGUUCCUUCACCUGCUCAUAAUAUAACAAUUGAAAAUGGGUUAGACAGUUUUGCUCGUCAUGAAACAUUAAGUCCAUAUUGCAUACCGGUAAAUGAACCAAUUCAGGUUAUUUUUGAUGAUAGGGGUCAUAAUGGCCAUACAUCAGGCUGUAGUGGCAUUUCACAUGGUCAUACAACUGGCAUAAAUGUUCGUAGUGAUAAGGCUUCGUACGAAAGGGAUGGCCACAAGAUUUCUUUUGAAGUAUCCUCUAAUUCUGCUGAUAAAAAUAACGAAACAAGAUCAAAGCGAAUUUCAUCCAGAAAGGUUGAGGUUAGUGAUUCUGGAAUCAAUGUUGCCAUCUGUAAUGCUUCAAGAAUACCUGGCAAUUUCACCUAUGUUGAACAAACAUCUGGCAGUGCAAGCCAAAAUAUUGAAACAAAUAAAAGUGAGGAACAGAAUGAAAGUGGGUUGUGCUGUGAAGAUGAACCACCACUUAGUUUUUUAACAUCUGACCGCACCCUUAAUACUCUCUUAGAUGAUUCAACUUUACAGGAAAUGGUAUAUGUUGAAGAACAAGUGCUUGGAGCUGUUGAAGAGGUCUUUGCUGGUGAAAAUUCUUCAAACCUACCAAGUACAAGUUCAUCGAUUGUGAAUGGAACCUCUAGUCAAAAAAUGCCCCCAAGAAAAAUGAACAAAUCCUAUGUGACUGGCUAUGAGAAGCAGCAUUGCAUACCUUCUACGCUUGAAGAGAAUGAGAGAGAGAAGAAACAGGAUGUUAAAUGCAAGAUUGAACCCCUCUGUAGUUCACAGUCCAGUUCUUCCGCAAGUAGAACAGCAUCUUAUCAGUCAAAUCAAACUUGUCAGAACCAACCAGUGCUGAGUUCUUCCACCAGCUUAGGGGAAAAAAUUGAAACAUCAACACAAGAACAGGAGGAAGAGUUAGUAGAUGACCCAAGUUUAGUUGGGGAUUUAGGAAAUGAAAAUAUCUUUCAAGAUGACCAGAUGUUUGAACGGGAACUGAACAGUCAGCAAACAGAGGAAGUUAUGUCCCUGAAAGCAUCAGAAACCUUAGCUGACAGUGAUAGUGAAAGAGCCACACCUCAUGAAGAACUACAAGAUCUUAUGUUCUAUGAUCGAAGCUGCAUGUUUGCUGGUGAGCCAGGGCCAGCGAACCUUUCUCCAAGAACAUAUCCUUCAAUAGACUCCUCAGCCUUCCAUGCUUUGACACCUGCACUUAUUACACCUCUUGAACAUACAGUGCAGAUUGAAUCAGGGCAGAAUGGAUCUAUAUCAAGCCUUGUUGGAGGACAUACAGAGGAUGGUGUAGUAGAAAUGCCCCCUGCAGAAACAACAAUGCAUCUUGCUGCUGAUGAAUGCUGUACUGUUUUACCACCUAUGGGUCUUAAUAUUACUCAGUUGUUCCCCACAUCCCAUCAAGAAACUGCAACUUCUACUUCCUCAUCGCAUUUUUAUAAUGGGAUUGUCUCACUGACACCAUCACAAGUUACUUUUGCUGACUUGAUGGAAGAUUCAAAACUCGGCUCUAAGAUGCUGUCACUUGAAAACACCUGCAAUAAUCUAAAUCGCCAGCUGUCUCCAGUCCCAUCAACUUCUGGUCUUCAAGUCUCUAACCUUCCAAAACCUACCAAAGAAGAUGAGGACUAUGAAUUUGAGUACGAGUCUGAUUGUUAUGGUGACAGUGAUUCAGAGUCAGGUGUUACCAAUCGUGGUCCUCUCGACCUAGAUCACUGGAAGUGUCUUGAGUGUAAUAAAAUGUUCAAGAGUCUUAAGGAAAAGUUACUCCAUGCUGGUCAGCAUUCACCUUGUGCAGAGGCUAUGGAAAAAUCGGGGGCAAUUAGAAGUGCAGCACAAGUCAAAUUAAUUCAGUUAGGGAUUAAAAAGGAUGCUGAGGAAGAUUCAGGCAUAUCACUAUUGCACUGUAAAGAAGAAAUGGGUGCAAUGCAAGAUGAAACACGCUCAAUGCUAGAGUCAUUUGCUUCAAAUGGGGAAUACAAAUGCCCUGAAUGUAGUUCAAGAUUCCCAUCAGCAGAGACACUCUUUGAACAUCGAAAGAUGGUUUUUAAAUCUCGUGUCACUUGUCAGAUAUGCCAUGUGGUAUUCAAAAAAAGAAUCUUAAAAAUAAAACAUAUGAAAACACACACGAUGGCAGACUUGAAGUGUCUCAUUUGUAAUCGUACGUAUCCAAAUCGGUAUUCUUGGUCUCAGCAUCAACUCUUCCAUAUGGGUUUGGUGCUCUUUGAAUGUAAGGAAUGUGGUAGGAGAUUCCAGAGGAGAUCAGAAUUAGAGGUGCACUCACGGACUCACACUGGUGAACGACCAUUUCAUUGUGUAUCAUGUAGUAGCGCCUUUGCAACGCGGCAAGCUCUCAAGCGGCAUUUGGUCACUCAUAUGGAUGGCCAAGAGGUUGACUGUGAUGUUUGUCAAAAAACCUAUAAAAAUAUUGUAUGCUUAAAUAAGCACAAGCUUAAGGCACAUUCAAAACACAAAGGUAAAACUAAGGUACGGAGGGACUUCAUGUGUAAUACGUGCAAUGAAGUCUUUCCCUCUGAGAAAAAAUUAGCAUGGCAUCGAGAAACUCACGAGAGAUGGCCUAAGAAAUGCCAGCAGUGUGGAGAGUGCUUCAUUCACCAGUCCAGUCUGACCAAACAUAUCCGUCAGAAACAUGAUCCACACCACCAAACGUCAGAUGGAAAAUCCGAAAACAAUUCAACUUGUCAUGUAUGCUGCAAAGUGUUUAAGAAAUCUUCACUUGCCUUACAUUUACGGACGCAUACUGGAGUAAAGCCCUUUAAGUGCAAUAUAUGUAACCGAAGUUUUGCAGUGAAAUGUAAUUUAGAUGCUCAUAAAUGGGUUCAUAUGGGUGUGCGUGAUAGGCCACAUAAAUGUAAGCUAUGCGAGCGAAGUUUCCAUCGUAAAAAGGAUUUAGAAGCUCAUAUACGUAGUCAUAAAAACAUUCGUCCUUUCACAUGCAAUGAAUGUGGAAAAUCUUUUAUUCAUAAAAAUAAUUUGCAGCUGCAUGUACGUGAGCAUUCUGGUGAAAAACAGCACAAGUGUGCCUUUUGUGGUAAGGCUUUCUUUCGGAAAUACAAUCUUGACAAUCAUGUCAGGAUUCACACGGGUGAAAUGCCGUAUGAAUGUACCAUUUGCCGCAAAGAUUUUACUCAAAAAAGUAAUUAUAAUGUACAUAUGAAGGCAUUCCAUGUUGAGAGACAUGCUGUUCAUGAAGAAUUGUAAGGAAAUUUUAACUGUAAAGAAACUUAGGUACAAAUGUCUAGUUUCUGUUGGCAAAGUAUUAAUCAAAUGCGAAGUUAGAGAAUGUCAUCAUUCAGUGCCAGAUACAGAAAUAAUAUUUUUCUAAAAAGUAUAGAUAAUGUAAAAUAGAAACAUGAUAUAAAGGCAGUCUUUUAUUGUAGACAAUGUUUUGCACAGAAGGAGCUUUAUCAAGCCAAUUGGAAAGAACACAGAAAAUAAGAGCUUGUAUAUCCUAGUCGCAAAGAGGAAGGGGGAAUGUGUUCAUGGAUUUGGAUGGCUAUUCAUUAAUUGGGCCUGGUUGUGUCAUGUUAAUUAUUUUUGCUUCUGGUGAUCACAGUGCUCAAUUGCUUAACAAACCUUUUCCAGCAAAUCGACUUCCUCUUGCUUUCUCUCUACUAUUGCAGUGGAAUACUGUAUACAUACUAUGUGUAUAAGCUCAUCUUUUGCUGUGUCUUUCAGUUAGCAUAAAGCUCAACCCAAGUGAAAUAUUACCUGUAUUAAAGGCUUGUCUUUAUGUUGUGUUGCUGUUAAUGUCUUUGUUGGCUGUCCUUGCCAAACAUCUAUAAAUAACAUAAUUGACUGUCCAUACAUUAAGUAAACAAUGGUAGAAAUAAAGUAGAACCCCGAUAAUCUGCUUCCAUUGGUUCUCUUUGCCACCCAGUUUUAUGUUGGCAAUAAGUUCCAGCUCUUUUAGAUGUGGCCAGCAUUUUAAACAAGGCUAACCUCUCAAUAAUUUAUUAGUUUUAUUAAUCUCUGUGAUUGAAUUAUUUUAAAAUUGUCUAAUUUUUGCAUGGUAUAAAAAAAAUUUAAAGUUAAACCUCUCAAGAUUUCACUGUAUUUUUCAACUGCAAUUAAUGCGUUUGUUUUUAAUGUGUAAACUUUAUACUCAUUAUUUUUUAAUAAUUUUCUUCUUAUUUCAGUGUGCUUCUAUUUUUCUUCUGUAUAUUUGAUUAGGCAAAAUUAAUUUUGCACAAUCAGUCCUGUUCAUGAAGGUCACAAUGCUAUGGCUGGAGCAAUUUACAACUAACUAAAAAUUUGAAGAUGAAAUUUUGGACCACCUUUCUGUCCUGACAUAAUGUUUCAGGAAGGACCGAAACAUUGUCUGAAGUUUCCCCUACAAAUUGUAGGUACCUGUGAAUUUUGUUGUGAUUGCAAGUGCUAAAUGGUACACUUGUAUUUAGCCAAAUUUGACCAUGUGAAAUUAUUUACUAAAUGUUUCAAGGUUCUGUAGUUGAAAUGUCUCGAUAGAUUAUAGGAGGUUAUAUCUUCAAGGAAGGGAACUUCCCAUUGGAAAUAGCUAUCAGAAUUUUUUUUAUAAAUAGGCAGUUUAAAUGUAUGAAAUUUUAGUUUAAAAUAAAUUUACUAACUUUAUUAAAUUGUGUAGCUUCAGAUAUACAACAUAAUAUUUUCUUAGAUAAUGUACAGUCGAACCCCGAAAAAACACUCAUCAGGGUCAGGACAUCUAUGAAAAAUAUCUGUGCAUCUAGGGGUGCAUGAAGUCUAAGUUGCACGUACAGGGAGGGGAAAAAUGAAAAAUGUGUACUUACAACUCACUGUAGUAGUAGAAGUACUAAUAGUAGUAGUUCUCUUUCUAAUGUUAAUCCCCCAGAUUUGUGAUGAUUUGGUUCCUAAAUGUCCUCAUGAUUUCAGAGUUUGCAAAUACCACAGUAUUGUUUGUUUUGGGCUGAUUUUGCUUUUCAGAGGCCAUAUUUCUUUAAGUAUUGUUCUAAUCUGGUUAAUAUUAACAUUAAUAAAGUAAAACGAGAAAAGAGAAAUUUGGGUGCGAGCAAUCCAGCAUGCAUAUUUUAAACAAAACCCAUCUAUUAGUUUUCAGUUUAGGGGUCAUGCAAGUCAAAUAAGGAUAAUGAGCACAAGAACUUGUAAAGACUGUAAUUGAAGUUGUUCGUGAAAUGGCCUUCAGUAAGUGUUGUGUAGUGAAAGUGAAAUACUGUAUUCCCACCUUCCAUGCAUACUUCAACUGAUACUUGGCCUAUCGCACCCAUUAUGACUUCCAUUUCACACUUGUGCUAACGUUACCUCUACUAUAACCCCCCCCCCCCCUUUAUACACCCACUUUCAAAUGCAAUGCAGCAUGACCCCUGCUAGUUUUGCGCUUGAUUUAAAUGCAUCAUAAUAAUAGGAUUAAUCGAAGCACAUUAGUUAUGAAGCUAAUAAAUUUAAGGGUUUGGCUAUACUGUAUUCAUUUGCACUAAAUACUCUGUGUUGCCACAUUAAGCUGAAAAUACAAUCAUUUUCAUGCUCAUGUUCAUAAUUUAGAUAUAUGGCAUAAUAUAUUUGUUUUAAAAUUUGCAUGUUAAAGCCUGUAGUAAUUAUUUUUAAUUCAUGUGCAUAUGCUGUGGUAUCAGUUUGCCUUUGAUGUGGAGUAUUGUAUAUAAUGGUAUUGGUGAUUUGGCACUUUCUCGCUCUUUCUUAACAGUGUCCAGCACAGACCAGAUGUAGAUUUGUGAUCCUGAGUAGAGAUAUAUCAGUUAUAUCUUGGAACUUCAUGGAAAAAUUAAAUAUAAUUUAAACAGCAAAAUGCAUUUUAAAUAUAUUUAUAUAAAAACUCCACUAGAGGUUCAUAACAUCAAAAAAUCCCGAGAUUACAGAAAAACAUUCUUGAGAGCUUGCGAGUAUCCAAGAAAAUUGCUAGUUUAGGGGGUUCGGCUAAUUGUUUAUAAUCAGUAUACAGUUUGUAAAUUUUUUAAAAUCAGCUUGUAUCUAUAAUACAAAUUUACAGACUAACGUGGUUCUACUUUAUAUGCAAAAAUAUAGCAAGAAUUUUUUAAUUUGAGAUUCAUUUGAAAGAACUUGAUGGCAUUUUUUUAUAAAUUGGUUCUUAAGUAUUGUAUAUGAAGAUUUUUAUAUUAUAUAGGAGUUUUAUAACUUGAAUACCAACAGAUUUAGCAGAUACAAUUUUUAUUUUAAUUGUAACUUUUUAAAGUACCAAGUGACGAGUCAUGCAAUGUUACUGAGAAGUACAGUAUUGUAAUUUUGUGAAACUUAUUGGUGCAAUAUGUAUAUUUAAAUUUUUAGCUUAUAUGUGCAUUGUGAAAGAUCUGUAAGAAAACUGUAUGGUGUUGAAUAAAAGUGUUUCAUAUGAUAACUGUUAUGAUAUUAUGGUUGUGUGAAAUUUGUUAUCAGCUCUGUAGGCUCAAGUUUAGCCUUUAUUCUUAUAGUAGUUCCUUAACAAAACUGCCACAGAAUUAGUUACCUUAAAUUUUAGAUUACAUGUUUCUUAGAUUUUUGUGUAUAAUUGCCACCUUUUGACUUUCAACCGACUGAAGUGAUUGAGCCGUCCUAUUGUUUUUUGAACCCUCGUGUAGAGUCUAGUUCCACUAUGUUUAGUCCAUUCCAUUUCUUUACUACUGAAAUGUUUUCUGAUAUACCUGCAGCUUAUUGGGGAGGCAGUUUCCAACUGUGCCCCAACAUCUUUUGAAAAGCCUAUCCUGUUUAUUCUUCAAGAGUAUUUUGUAUGUUGUUCUAUAUUCCCUCUUGUUCUUCUGUCUAAAUAUGUAGAUCAUUUCCUUCAAUUCAUGCCCCAGUCAAGAUGCACUCCUUUAAUUGUUUUUUCUGUUUUCACUGUGUUACUAGAUGAGGGUUCCAUACUACUACAUACUCAAGAAUCAUUUAAAUAAAUAAGGUCAAGUGUUAUGAGUCUGUUCUUGAAUGCCACUCUUAUGUUUGCACACUGAGUUUGUGCUGCUGAUCAUUUUUUGUGUAUGGGCCUCAGGAAACAGAUUUGGGUUAGUGUACCAUCUGGGAAGGAAGAAGAGUUUCAUUGCUUUUUCCUUCCCAGAUAGUACAUUACUGUCUUCAGUCUCCUUUUUCUUUUUCCUUUUUCAGUAACUAUUUAACAUGUUUCUGCAUUCUUCCAGGUCUUCCUGCAUUUUUUCUUUCUUCCAAUUAUAUUCUCAUUAUUUUAGCCUCUGCCAACAAGAAUUUGUAAGAAUUAUUUUUAUUGUGUGUGUGUUAAAAGACUAAACUUUUAAGGGUCAUACAGUGCUUGGGGAAUGGGAGGUAAUCAGGUUUGAUCUAAGGUAGGGAAGGGUAGCUCUGAUUCUUUUGAUCACAAACCUUACACCAGCAUCAAGGCACCCACUUGAAGAGUAUGUAGGAGUUAGUUCCUGUAUUCAGAUCAUUAAUACAUAAGGAAUAUAGAAUCCAAUAUUACUGCUUGUGGGGCUCCACUAGUUAAGCUUUCCCAUCCUGUUACUCUAUAUUGCAAAGUGAUUGUUUCCCAUUGGUCAAGUAUUCCCUUAACCAUGCUGAUGCAGUGGAACCUCGGUUUUCGUAUUCCUUAGUUUAUAUGUAAAACUAUAGUUCUUUUUCUUUCAACGCACCAGCCAUAUCCCACUGAGAUGGGGUGGCCCAAAAGGAAAAACGAAAGUUUUGCCUUUUAAAUUUAGUAAUAUAUACAGGAGAAGGGGUUACUAGCCCCUUGCUUCCGGCAUUUUAGUCGCCUCUUAUGACACGCAUGGCUUACAGAGGAAGAAUUCUGUUCCACUUCCCCAUGGGGAAAACUAUAGUUAUUCUCUAUAAAAUGUAUUUUUGUUAAUAUUUUUGGGUGUCUGGAACGGAUUAAUUGGAUUUACAUUAUGUAUUUCUUUUGGGAAAUAUUGCUUCAGUUUUUGUAUGAUUCAGUUUAUCAUUACUUUUUCAAACAGAUUAUUCAAGAAAACUGAGUUUCCACUGUACCUUUUCUUUUACCCAAGGUUAUUUCUCCAAUUUAUUAGGUGGCCUUAACAUGGUACUGUACAUACCAAAAGCUUUCCUUCAGUCUGUAAGCGUACAAUCUUAACAGCCAUCUCCCACUGAGGCAAGGUGACCCGAAAAAGGAGAAACUUAGUGGUGUUUUUUUUUUUUUUUUUUUUUUUUUUUUUUUUCCCCCAACAAGUCGGCCGUCUCCCACCGAGGCAGGGUGACCCAAAAAAGAAAGAAAAUCCCCAAAAAGAAAAUACUUUCAUCAUCAUUCAACACUUUCACCACACUCGCACAUUAUCACUGUUUUUGCAGAGGUGCUCAGAAUACAACAGUCUAGAAGCAUACACAUAUAAAGAUACACAACAUAUCCCUCCAAACUGCCAAUAUCCCAAACCCCUCCUUUAAAGUGCAGGCAUUGUACUUCCCAUUUCCAGGACUCAAGUCCGACUAUAUGAAAAUAACCGGUUUCCCUGAAUCCCUUCACUAAAUAUUACCCUGCUCACACUCCAACAGAUCGUCAGGUCCCAAGUACCAUUCGUCUCCAUUCACUCCUAUCUAACACGCUCACAGAAGGGGUUACUAGCCCCUUGCUCCCGGCAUUUUAGUUGCCUCUUAGGACACUCGUGGCUUACCAAGGAAGGAUUCUUCUCCACUUUCCCAUGGAGAAUUCAACAUUUCUUCUUAGUAAUAUCUUCUAGCAGUGUGUACAUUACAUACAUAGGGGUAUUGACCUAGUUAAGAGGUUCCUGCCUCCCACCUUUCUAAAUAUUAGUUUCACAUUGGCUCUUCCAGUCUUGAAAUUUUCCUGUCAGUGAUUUGUUAAGGAUCUGUACGGAUGGCUUGUAUAGUAUUUCAGAGCCUCAAUAUUUGUAAUGUUCCAUCUGGUUCUCAUGCCUUCAAUGUGUCCAGUUGCACCAAGCUGUCUUUGUUUAACUGUUCCAUUUGGUUUCUCUUCCUGUCUCUGGUGCUUGUCCUACUCAUUAAUAUUAAUACCGACUGGAAUUUUCUGCUAACCACAUAACGUACUUUCUUGUAAAUACCUGCAAGUGUUUCCCCUUUAUUAUUACUUUAGCUUUGUUAAUUUACUAUGAGCUGUGAAGCAGAUUUGGUUCUUUUCCUGCCUUGUAUAGUUAAAACACUAGGUUUUCUCUUCACCCAAGCUUCUCUUUUCUGGCACUUGGUUCACUAUACUUUGUGUGUGUUCUUGCAUUCUGGUAUUUUGCUUUCUUACAUUGAUAAGUGAACCAUAUAUUUUUCCAGUAUCUCUUGCCCAUUUCCUUGUUGGUUGAUACAAACUUGCAUGUUGCUGCUGUCCACAUCUGACUAUAGUUUACUGUAAUUUCUUGGGUUAUUUAUCCCAUGAAUUCAUCACUCCACUCUACUUGUGUCAAAAAAUGCCUCUUCUCUGUAGUCACUUGUUAAUAUACAUAAAUCUCUGAAUCUCCUGUUUCUUAAGUGUGAUCUUCAUUAUGUAGCAUGCAACCCCUCGAGGGAGGCACCUUGAUGCCAGUGAGGAGGCUUGAUCCAGGGAAUUGGACCUGUCUUUCUAUUCCUUGGAUCAGACCUGAUUACCUUGCAUUCCCCAGGCACUGUAUGAUCCCUCUGGGUUUAAUGCUUCCCAAUGGUUGUAGUAUUAAUCCCUUUGUUUGUGUGUUGUGUGGUUUGAUAAUAAGAUGAACUCAGUAAGCCUUGUAAUGGCUAUGGUUGCUAAUCUUGUUGAACUCCAGUAUCUCUCACAGACUCCUCUCAGAAGUUGCCUCAUGAAUAUAACAUAACAUUGAAUACCUUUGACAAAAUGAGUGGUGGAUUUUAUUAAAUUGUUCCAAACAUACUAGAAAUGUUGUAAACAUGCAACUAUUUGCACACCAUGAAGAAUGUAUUAUUUUUUAAAUAUAUCUUAACACUUGUAGAAAAUUUUAUCUAUUAUAAGGUUAUGCCAUGGUGUGUUCAGAUUAAUCAAAUUGUUCAUGCAUAAAAUUGUAUAUGGUAGUAUGUUUAUUGGAAUGGCAUUCAGCAUUUCAUUUGAAAUAGGCAAAUCCAGAGCUAUAUUUGGGUAGUUAUAAUGUGUAGGUACUUUAAUAAUACAUUAUGAAUGAUUUGCAGCAUUUUUAAAUAUGUAACCAAAAAUGACAAAAGUCUUAGUGAAUAUAAAAUCAUCAGGAAUAUGUAGCUAUAAUAAAUUAUUAGUCUGUAUAACUUUACAGGUUUAGUGCUUCCUUGUCAUUAUACUGUAAUAAUAUAAUUGUCAUUAUCAUCACCAUGUAGUAUAUCUUUUUCUCUUAUUUUUGUUCUUUUCCUUCUCAGUCCUCCUUUAUUCUUAGUUACUGAACUGAGUGUAUUUGUUAUAUGUCCAUACAUAGUACUGCUCAGAUAUUUAAUGCGUGUUUUAAUAUUUUUCUUUCAAGUACAUGUCUAUGCUUACCAAAAGUCAUGUUCUUUACAAAUACUGUACUGUAUACGUGUAUUCUGUUAAAUAAUUUUUUGUUCCUAUGCAUACAGGUAUUUUACAAUACUUUAUGUACAUCAUUGGUGUAACCAAUAUAUCUUUCAAAGAUUUACUAUUGUAUGGUAAUACUGAUAACUACAGUAGUACUGAGAAGUAUACCGGGAGUUUGGAGUUCGUUUCUUCUCAUUCACAGCAGCUGUUUAAAAGGUAUAAGGCAAUCAGUGAGUCAUCGGUGAAAGUUUUGUUUUAUUCUAUGUUGUUAUUCCUUUAAGGAAAGUAUAUGAAUGAGUAGAACUACAUCUGGCCAUUAAAUGCUGUCUCUGUCACGUGUCUGCUGUAUGAAGUGUUAUUUGUUACCUUAUAUUCUGGAAGCUAUUUAGAGCCUCUGUUAUUUAUUUAAUUGAACCUGAAUUUUUUUAUUUAUUUAAGUUACCUUUUAUUCAUAUAUCAAAAUGUGUGAAUGAUCUGCUGUAACAUUGCCCAACCUAGUAUAUGUUGUUAUAUAUGUAAGAUGUAUGUUACCAGUUUAGAGCUACUUAACAUGUGUAGCUUUAUUUAUAACUUUAAGCUUUAAAUUUAAUGUGUGCUUGUCAGGUAUAGUGUGAAAGUUUUACGUAACCCAAUAGCAAUGUAGAAGGCAAAAAAUACACAAUAAAAAAUUGG